AUGCCUUUGGAGCUCAGGAUAACAACACGGUUGGUCCUUUUGCUGCUUCUAGCCUUUGUGCGAUGUGUGCUGGUGGCCACUGAGCAGCCACUGAGCACGCUAAUGCAGAUCUUCCCAUACUUCAAGUGGUUGGAGAACAUCGUGGGUCAUUUCCUCCCCUGGCUUGUGACCUCAUUUUCAAUGGCACCCUGGGGUCACGCCAACAUCAAGCCCACAGUGGUUUUUGGGAAUUGUCCUUGGUCCUACCGCCUCAAGAAGAGAAUCACUCCAGCGGUGAGAAAUCGAGUAGCCAAGUCUAAGAAGACUGUCCGCAAGUAUCUCAGCAAAGUCGGAAAGCCAAGAGUGUGUGGGGAGCCUGCAGUGCUUCGGAAAUCACAGGUCUACCCGAAGGGUUUUGGCAAAGCAGUCCGAAACUUCCACAUGGAGUGGAUGGCCCCAUGGUAG